UAAUCAGUUGAACAAAGUCGAAAACUUCAAUACCGAUCAGGGAUCAACAGUUUCUUUUACUAUCUUUGCGCUGCCUACUAUACGCAGUUCGAUUUACUAUACGGUGUGGAAUCAGCCAAGUUUCUUGUUUUUUUAUAUAGGAUCGAAUUAUUUGAAUUAAAUCAGAAUGUCAAACAAAGUAUUAUUUCUUAAAUCUGGAUUCCCACGAGCUCCUUUAGGACUUGGAAUUGGGCGUUAUGUAUGUCAAUUACAAAGAGUGACAUUAAAGUUCUGUAAAAAUCAUGGUACAAGUAAAGGAAUGAGAGAUUUUUUGGAACACGAUUUAGUAGACUAUGCAAGCAAAAAUUCUGGCAUUGUUGUCUAUGUGAAACCAAGACGACACAGAACACCAGUAAUAACUGCAGAAUAUUUAAAUGGAGAAAAACAAUGGAUGAAUGUUAGCAACUAUAGUAGAGAAGACAUUGUAAAGUGGAUGGAAUUGUUACGCACUCAAUUUCAUGAUGGUACAAAACUGCGUUUAAGAAAAUUAUGGCACACAGAAUUUCCUUCAAUUCAAGGACCAUGGACACCUUUUACAUUUAAAGAUCCAAGCCAUAAUUUAGUACAGUUUCCUAAUAAGGAAAUUGGCUCAGCUAUUAAAACCGAACCAACUGCUACUGAACAAUUAAUUGAAUUAUAUAAAGCUCAGAAAAGAUGUGAACAACAAGAACAAGAAACUGAAAACCAAAGAAACACUUCAGAGGGAUCUGCUUAAUGUGAAACAUAAAAUUAAAUAAUGUAGGAUAACAAUGUUGGAUGUGAUGAAAAUUUAAAUACAUGUAUAUAAAUUA